GUGGCAUUUGUUUUUAUUCGCGUUCUAUUUUUGUGUGUGACGGUUCUGCCGUAUAAAAAGGAUUUAAUUUUGCAAAAAAAUUGAUGAUUUUUCUCUAGAUCAUUGAUAUUUUUAGUUUUUCCUCCCGAUUGCGAUAUUUUUUAAGAUGCAGAACGGAGACGAAACUCCGGCAGCUACCGAAACAGCAAAGAAGCCACUACCAGAGGAGGUAACGAAACAAUCGUUCAGGCAGAAGAUAUGGCGUCAUUUGGAGACCAACGGACUGGCAAUGUUCCCACGACCGGUGUACAACAGGAUACCGAACUUCAAGGGGGCUCUGGAAGCAGCGGCUAAGUUGGCAGAAUUGGAUGUGUUCAAGAAUGCCAACACGGUGAAGGUCAAUCCUGAUAAGCCUCAAGAACCAGUCAGGGUGCUAUGCCUGGAGAAGCACAAGACUCUAUACGUGCCGGUUCCUCGUCUUCAGUCGGGCUUCCUGAACCGAAUCGUCCUCCCGGAGGGUGAAGCUAAGCCGGGCACACUGAGGAAGGCCGUCUCAAGGAACGGAAUGGAAUCGUUCGGACAACCACUGACCAUAGAAGAUUCGGUCUCCUUGGACUUGGUCGUGAUGGGAUCCGUUGCUGUCUCCAAGGAGGGAUAUCGCAUUGGAAAAGGAAAAGGGUACGGGGAUCUAGAGUUUGGCCUGAUGAUGCACAUGAAGGCUAUCAAACCUAACACGCUGGUUGUGACAACUGUACACGACUGUCAGGUGUUUGAUACACUUCCAGCUGCACUGUUCGGUCCACACGAUGUGCCCAUAGACAUCAUCGUCACACCAACACAGGUGAUAGAGACCCAGCGUAUGAGCCAACGCCCAGUCGGUAUAUUGUGGCAUCUGCUGUCACAGCGACGCCUGGAGAUGAUGCCAGUGCUGGGGCAACUCCGAGACAUUGAGAUGCUUGCUGGGCGUUCGUGUACUCUUCGUGAGGAGGACAGCGCUGGCGAGGAGGAACGAGCGAGGCCGCGCCGACAGAGGAGGAGGACCAGGAGCCAUAAGAGUCAUAGCGAGGGAGAGGGCAACACGACGGAGGGCGAGGACGGUAAAAAUAAUAAGCCUCGGCGUCCGCGGCGCCGCAGCACCAAGUCUCUGAGUAAGGACGGCGAGGGGAGGGAGGGGAAGGAGGGGAGGGAGGGGAAACCCAAACGACCACGACGUCCGAGACCGGUCAUUGACUUCACUGUUAAGAUUUCAAACAUCAGUCCCAACACUCGUGUGCGUGACAUCAAAUCAGCUCUCUUCGAACGCGGUGUUAAACCGCACGUUAUGAUUUGGAAGGGAUUCCGCGGUUUCUGCUAUUUGCAUUUCUUCAAGCCCGGACCUCAAAAGGGUGAAGGGGACAUCCCAGCAGCGAACAUGGACAGUGUGCUAGCGGCUCUGGCUCAGAUGUCUGUGGGUGGUUCAGGGGGAGCACCUGACGAGCGCGAGGAGAAGCCCCGCCUGCUGACAGUGGAGCCGGCGCCGCCGAGGCACGCGGCCGCACCCGCCGCCGCACCAGCCGCGGCUGAGGCGCCGCCCGCGGUACAUUAACACCGCCGGGCUGAAGGUCCGCCCGCUCUCCAACACGCAUAACGUCGCUUUAUAUCUCAGCACACGGACUGACGGGGAGCCGCAUUCCGAUUAACCAAACGCCGUACGUCACACCACUGAGUAUAUAUAUUUGCAUUUUUUGUACUGCCAAGUCGUUUUUUAGUCAAACCUUACCGUCGCCGGAUACAAGUAUAUGGAAAUUCUAAAAUUACAUUAUAGAGGCCGGUGUGUGGUUGCGCGACGUGCGGCGCUUGUAACUUUUAGCGUUAGGUUUUAUUUUCGUCAGUGCCGCGCCGGUCUGACCGGUAUGACCCUCCAGUUUGGGACGAUUUGAUUUUUAUCGCACACUAAUAAAGCUGCUUUUUAUUUGGAGGCUAUUUUAGUUCACCGUUUUUUUGUUUCAUUCGCACGCGGAGCGGCACCAUUUGUUAGAGAGAGAGAGAGAGAGCUAUAUUUACAAAAAUAUAUAUGUAUAUCUUUAUGAAUGUUUUAGUUGUUUCUCUAGUCUUAAAAUUAGAUACUUGUUUUCAAUGCAAAAUACUUUAAGCAUUCUACUGUAAUUUUAAAGAGAUAUAUUAUAGUGUAGAUUAGAUUCUCGUUUUGAAAAAAUAAAACCUCAAGGUGCUUGAACGGACGGGACUCCAAAGGAUAUAUUUAGAAAUUAGUUUUGAGAGGAUUUGAUUAGUUUUAAGAAUAUUUAUUUUAAAGAGAGAAAUAUAUUUGGAUUUCCGUUCUACCUAGUAUAUUUGUGCCAACUUCGAAUCAUAUUUUUUUAUAAUCUGUGGUAGCCAGUCGUCUUGGCUGAAUAUAACAUAUCGUUGCUUGGAACGUUGGUUAUCUAUAUAGGUAUAUAUAUAUUUUUUAAUAAUGGUUUACUUUCUGUUUCAGUAUUAGGUUAUGAGUUGUUUAGGACUCGAGGAAAUUAAUAUAUACGCUGUGGAAUAAUAUAUUUGAUUGUUAACUUUGUUUACCGCGGCCAUGUUCGCAUAUCCUAGAAGAUGAGGCAGAGAUGUAUUUUAUAUGGAAUUUAAAAUAAAGAUUGGUAUUUGUAUUCAAUGUAUUUUUUGAAAAUUUUGGUUAGAAUUGAUCUAUUCUGCUUGUGCGUUUUUGCCGGAAACACUACGGGCAGUUCAAUGCGGUUAUGACGUCACGAGCUGUUUGAUAUUACGUCAUAGAAGUGAAGUUAGCAAUGUAUAUUCACUGAAUAAAGAAGAAACGCACAAGAUAUAUCAUUGUAUUCAAUUAUAGAGCAGUGUAAAUUAGAAUUUUUCCAUAUAUAUAAAUAUAUAUAUAUAUAUUUCUUUGGUAUUUGUUGAUUUGCGACCGUUAGACAUUUUGGUACGUGUAUAUGAAUAAAAUUUGGUUCCCGGGUAGCGAGCAUAGUCCUUGUUUUGUAUUUUCUUUUUUUUAAUAAAUGUAUUAAACACAGUUUAUUUUUCUUUUUUUUUUUUUGUUUGUUUUGUUCGUUUUCUAGCUUCUCGUUUAGUUUUAUACUGUUUUUGGUAUCGGUAACAGAAUGUUGUGAAUUUUCAUAUUUUAAAAUUAAAAAGUCAGAUUCUAUUUUUCUAGUG